AUGGAUAGAGAAUGGGUUUUUCUUGAUCGUGAUUGUGAUGAAUAUGAACAAGGACGGGAUGCAUUCAUCAAUUAUUCAUUACAGUAUUCUUCAUUCCUAAACAAAAUCAAAUGCCCUUGUCGAAAGUGCCGCAACAGAUGGGCAAUGGCCGUGGAAAUUGUUAAAGACCAUAUUUAUGUUGACGGGUUUGAUCCGGUCUAUGUUAAUUUGCCAUGGGUAGAGCAUGGUGAUCAGUUACCGCAAUUAGAAGCAAUCAAUAUUGCAACACCAUUUGAGCCACAACAUCCCACCAUAGUUGGUGAUAUACCAGACAUGUUACAAGAUGCUUUUGGCAUUCAUGAUAAUGACUAUGUCCCAGAUAUAGAAGUUGAUGAUUUUCCCAAUGAAGAUCCUUGUCUAACACCUGAUGCAGCCAAAUUUUACAAGCUAAUGAGUGAAGCUGAUAUGGAUUUGUUCCCUGGUGCUCGUAAAAAAAUGAUUGACUUCUUGGUCAGGUAUUAUCAACUUAAGUCUUUACAUGGAUGGAGCGAUGUUUCAUUCACAGAGGCAUUGAAGUUGUUGAAGGCUUCUUUCCCUGAAAGUGAGAACCUCCCUGCUAGUUUUUAUAAAACUAAGAAGUUGGUGAAAGACCUUGGAUUGUUGUAUGAAAAGAUAGAUGCAUGUCCAAAUGACUGCAUGUUGUUUUGGAAAGAACAUUUUGCUGAGACAAUUUGUAGUAUUUGUGGGGCAAGUCGAUACAACCCAAGGCCUACUGAAGAUGGAGCAACUGGUAAACUAAGAUCAGCAAAGGUACUUCGUUAUUUUCCAUUGGGACCUAGAUUGCAGCGGUUGUAUAUGUCUCGGCACACAUCAGAGUCAAUGACAUGGCAUUCUACUAAACGUACUAAAGACGGGAAACUCCGUCAUCCAGCGGAUUCUCCUGCUUGGUCCAAGUUAGAUGAGAUGUAUCCAAACUUUGGAAAUGAGAGUCGUAAUGUACGUUUGGGUUUGGCAAGUGAUGGGUUCAAUCCAUUUGGAAAUAUGAGUACUUCACAUAGCACUUGGCCGGUUGUCAUGACAGUUUAUAAUCUUCCUCCUUGGUUGUGCAUGAAGCAACCUUACAUCAUGCUAUCUUUGCUUAUUCCAGGACCUAAAGGGCCCGGUAAUGAUAUCGAUAUUUAUUUGCAACCGCUAGUGGAAGAGCUGAAGAAUUUGUGGAAUGAAGGUAUUAAAACAUUCCACCAGAUUGCAUAA